GCUGCUUGGGGGGCUGGACGGGGCAGGGGGGUCGUCCGGAGAGGAUGGAGACAAGGUGGACCGCAUGGACAUGGCGCCCCUUUCCGCCGGCUCAGACGGAAGCGCAAUGUCGGGGGGAACCGAUGGCGCGGACUUGGGGGGGCUCGCCGGGGACCCCCACAGAACGAGGGUCAUGGCCCUCGAACAGCUGCAGCAGAAGGUGCUGCGUGUGACAGAGCGGAUGCGCAUCGAGCAGGAGGCGCGCGAUGAGAAUGUGGCGGAGUACCUGAAGCUGUCACACAACGCCGACCGGCAGCAGGGCGCGCGCAUCAAGCACGUGUUCGAGAAGAAAAACCAGAAGUCAUCCACCACCAUCGCGCAGCUGCAGCGCAAGCUCGACCACUACCACCGCCGCCUGCGCGACAUGGAGCAGAGCGGCAGCGGUGGUGGCAGCGGCGGCAGCGGCGGCUCCCAGGGCGGCGGCGGCGCCGGCACGGUCCCCGGCGCCGGCCCCCGGCACGCCAAGGGGGUGGCCCUGCGCGGGUUCGGCGAGGGCGUGGUGGACACGGUGCGGGGCGGCCUCCUCGGCCUGUCUCACUCGGCCGCCGGCGCUGUGGUCCACCGGCCCCGCGAGUUCUUCCGUCACCACUUCGGCAGCGCCGACAACCUGCACGACCUGCAGCACACCACGCUGGACGACUCGCUGCCCACGCUGCGCUCCAGCCACCUCUCCGCCGCUCCCUCCUCCACCUCCAACUUCGCCGCCAACUCCACCGCCGAUGACGACUCCCCGGGUCUCUCCUCCUCCACCACGAUGCUGGCGCCCUCCGCCACCGGCGCCGCCGCCGGGGGCCCCGCAGCGCCGGCGUCGUCGUCGCACUCUCCCCGCGGCGCCGGCAGCGACGACGACUGCUCCAGCGCCACGUCCGGCUCCCUGGGCGCGGAGAGCGGCCUGGGCCUGGCGCUGGCACCGCCGGCGGGGGCCGGGGGGCCGACCGGAGCGGCGCUGCACGGGGGCGGCACGGGCGGAGGGGGGGGCAGCCCUCGUGGUGGUGGUGGUGGUGGCAGUGGUGGUGGCGGUGGAGGUGGCGGUGGUGGAGGUAUGGGGGGACUUUCGGAGGCUCAGCGAAGAGGCCUGGAGACGGUGGUGGAGGAGCUGAGAGAGAUUCGCGAGGCGCAGGCGCGGCUGGGCCACCUGCUGGAGGCGGUGAAGGCUCAGCACCAGCAGGAGUACGCCGUGCUGUCGCAGAGCCUGCAUGAGGAGCGCUACCGGUUCGAGCGUCUGGAGGAGCAGCUGAGCGACCUCACGGAACUCCACCAGAAUGAGAUGAUGAACCUGAGGCAGGAACUGGUGAGCAUGGAGGAGAAGGUGGCGUACCAGGCCUACGAGAGGGCACGCGACACACAGGAGGCCCUCGAGUCUUGCCAGACGCGCGUCUCCAAGCUGGAGCUGCAGCAACAGCAGCAGCAGGUGGUGCAGCUGGAGGGGCUCGAGGGUUGCGCGGGCGACGCACGGGCGCUGCUGGGCAAGCUCAUCAACGUGCUGCUGGCACUCGUCGCCGUGCUACUCGUCUUCGUCUCCACGGCCGCCGGCUUCCUGACGCCGCUGCUGCGCACGCGCGCCCGCGUCGCCGCCACCGCUGUGCUGGCCGCCGUGCUGGCCGCGGCCUGGCGCUCACGCGGGGCCCUCACCGGCCUCCUCCGCUGGCCCCCGACGCCGCCAGAGUAACGGUGGCGACGGUGGCGACGCCUGCGGCGCUAGCGGAAAGAGACCCCCCCCCCCCCCACCCCGUCCGAAAAAGGCCCAGCGGGUCGCGUGAUCGCUCGUUUGGUUCGUCGCUCUGUACUGCCUACGGUGGAAACUGCUGCCAAUGUCCACCAGGGGCGGCGUCCACCCUGGUUAGUGUCCACUCUGUCAGUAUCCACCAUGGGCAGUGUCCACCGUUGGCACUGUCCACCAUGAGCAGUGUCCACCGUGGGCAAUGUCCACCGUGGGCAGUGUCCACCCUGGGUAGUAACUGCCGUGAGCAGUGCCCACCGUGGACAGCGUUCCUUGGGAUCACUCAGUGCCCCAAGUGGCAGCACACUUAUGCUGCACAUGGAGGCAGCUGCCACUGGGAGACGCCCUAGGCCGGACCACUUGGCGAUCCAGCACCCCCCCAACCCUGCCUGUGUUGCGAUGCGAUGAUGUUAAGCGCUCUGAGAUGCCAUCAGUGUAUCGGGGCACCUCUCCACCACUACUGCCACCACACUGUGUUCAAAAACUACCACCGCACUUUGUUCAACCACCACCACCACCACCGCGCUGUGUUUAUCUACCACCACUGCCACCACCACCGU